AUGGCUCAGCCUACUCAGCUUGCUUACCGCACUUCGAAGAACAUCGGCAUCCUCGACGCCGCGCCAGUAUAUGAGCGCCUACCCGGCUUCUCCCCGCCCGAAGGCAACCUGCGAUGCUGCGUCUACUCGCCCGACGGUCGCUUCUUCGCAUGGGCAUCGCCUGACAUUGUCACGGUCGUGGACGCCUCGGUCGGACACGUGGUCACCACCCUGCCGGCCAACAACGUCUACGAACUCGGCUUCUCGCACUUCGGAACGUACAUCAUCACCUGGCAAAGACCCUCCAAGGACGAGAACGGCGAUGCGGUGAAGAACCUGAAAGUAUGGCGGACAAUCGACGACAACGCCAAUGACAGCGGUGAGAGGGAUGUGGUUGGGAAGUUUGUGCAGAAGAACCAGACUGGCUGGAACUUGCAGUACACCCACGAUGAAGCGUACUGCGCUCGCUGCGUCAGCAACGAGGUGCACUUCUACGAGAGCAAGGACUUGAGCACUGUGUGGAACAAGUUGCGCGUGGAAGGUGUGCAGGACUUCGCGCUUUCGCCCGGCAAGACACAUUCGGUUGCUGUCUUCACACCGGAGCGCAAAGGCCAGCCCGCCUCGGUCAAGGUGUUCAACGUGCCACAGUUCAGCGGUCCGCCGGUUUCGCAGAAGACAUUCUUCAAGGGAGACAAGGUCCAGCUCAAGUGGAACCAAGAAGGCACGAGCCUGAUCGUGCUGGCGCAGACUGAUGUCGACAAGAGCAACAAGAGCUACUACGGCGAGACCAACAUGUACAUCCUGAGCGCGAACGGCGGCUUCGACUCGCGCAUCCAACUCGACAAGGAAGGACCCAUCCACGAUGUUAUGUGGUCGCCCAACUCGAAAGAGUUUGGCGUGGUGUACGGUUACAUGCCCGCAAAGACGACCAUCUUUAACGUCAAGGCUGUCGCGCAGCAUAGCUUCAACCUUGGACCACGAAACACGAUCAUCUUCUCGCCUCACGGUCGGUUCGUUCUGGUGGCCGGCUUCGGAAACUUGGCUGGCCAGAUGGACAUCUACGACCUCGAGAAGAACUACGAAAAGGUGUGCACCAUCGAAGCGAGCAAUGCUAGUAUCUGCGAGUGGAGCCCAGAUGGCAAGCACAUCCUGACCGCAACCACCAGCCCUCGGUUGCGAGUCGACAACGGCAUCAAGAUCUACCAUGUUGGAGGCAGUCUUUUGUACAACGAGGACAUGCACGAGCUGUAUCAUGUUGUCUGGCGACCGCAGCCUGCCUCUUCCCAGCCUCUUGGCAAUCCACUGCACCCAGUCCCAACACCACACCCGUCGGCGCUGGAGUACCUCGGCAAGGUCAAGACGCCGUCGAAACCGGCUGGAGCUUACCGCCCGCCAGGCGCUCGCGGUGCAGCUACCCCACUGGCAUUCAAGCGUGAGGAUGAGGGCGGGGCGGCUUUUGUACGUGAGAUGAUGUCUGGACGUGAGCCAGAGUCGAAUGGUUUCGGACCGAGGAGCAGGAGACGAGAAGUGCCUGGUGCUGAUCCGGACGCCAAACUGCCACCUGGUGCGGCGCCUGGUGGAGGUGUGAGCUUGACUGCGGAUGGCGACGAGAACAUGAGCAAAGCUGCGUUGAAGAACAAGAAGAAGCGCGAGGCGAAGAAGGCGAAGGAGGCGGAUGCGAAGACUGCUGGCUUGACCGCCCCAACGGAGAAUGGCAGUGGAAGUCGUACCCCUGAAGGCAGAGACCGAGCACGCAGCCCUUCAAAGUCCGGCUACCAGGGCUCCCGACCACAAUCUCGGAGACGCGAUGGCAGCAGACAGCGUGGGCCGCCGAUCAACACGGCCACUCCGACGAAGCAACAGAACGGCAAGCCCGUCCCUCCAGCCGUCGCCGCAGCAGCAUCCGAGCCUGCGCCUGAACUCACUGUCACGAGCCCAGGAGCUGGGUCGCCGCACGAGAAGAAAAUCCGUUCGCUGUUGAAGAAGCUGCGCGCGAUUGACGAUUUGAAGAUGCGGCAGGCGGGCGGCGAGAAGUUGGAGGGUACGCAGGUGUUGAAGAUUGGUACGGAGGCUGGGGUGAGGGGCGAGCUGGCGGAGCUUGGGUACAAUGAGUGA